CUAAGAGCUAUCCCAGGAUAAGACCAGUCGCCAUGCCUUAUCAAAGAGGCUCAGGCCCCUCUUUGUGCAGCCAAGAAAACCGCAGGAGACCCAGAUUCUACCAAAUAUAUGAGUUGCUCGAAAGAGAAUUGGCAACCCUUUGGCAGAAUAACAUACACCUCCACAACCGUUGUCAGGAAUUACAGUUCCGGGUGACUCUCCUCCAAAAUCGACUAGACCACGCAACGGCCGAGUGGUCUUUAAGAUACCACAAUGCUGCCCGCGAUCGGACAAACACCAUUUGCCAAGGAUGCCAUGUUCAUGUUGCGGACGUACGGCUUUCUUUAUGCUUCCACCUUCUGUGCCGAGGAUGCUAUAGUAACCAGGGGCCAGAAGCCGGAUUGCGAGAACCUCCAGGGCCUUCGGCGUUUUGGACCUGUAAGGCUUGUUGUACCUCCGCAUCGGCUUAAUGUCACCCUGCCUUUACCCUGCCUUCUCCCAUCUCUCGUGGUUUUUGAAUGUUUACAAUGGUUCGAAAACGGAAUAAGCAAGAGUAAC